AUGUCCAAUAAUUCACAAAUCCCCAAUCCCGCCCACAUCCAGGCUGACUCAAUGCUGGCUCGGCGGUUCGGCAAAGAGACCGUGAACUACUUCUCGAGCUCUCCUCUGAACCGGCUGUCAUUCCUUCGAUCAGAUCACCCCUUCCUCUCCGCCGCUUUCAAGCACCCGUCGACCCGAUUCGUUAUUCUCAAGGACCUAGCGCCACUCACAAGGUCUCCUACGGAAUUAUACUAUGCAAAGUACGAUGAAGUACGCAAGCUGCUUCCAGCAUCGAUCUACGACAAGUCGGAGGAAGAGAUAAUCAAGGAGCAUGAUUCGCGCAAGACGGAGCCGCACCUUAUCUUCUUGGGUGUGGAUGAGACCGACAAGCAGCAGGACGGAUUCAGCUGGAAGAUCUACAGCGGGACGCCGUAUUUCGCGCUUGAUGUUUCGGAGAAAGGAUCGGAGGAGCAACAACACAAUGCGAAGGAAGUGGUUAAUGGAUUUGAGGCUCAAGGAUUGAGUUUUCUGCAGGCAAGAGUAGCCAUGACGUUCUCUGCUAAUGAGGCGGCUAUUUACGCUCAAGCUCGGGCGCUUAUUGACUGGAACACCCGCAACAGCUACUGCGGCACUUGCGGCAGCCGCACCAUUUCCGUAAACUCGGGCACAAAACGCGCCUGCCCACCCACCGACGCAGCGCGCGUCGCCGAGGGCAAGCCCGCCGAGAAACCAGCCUGCAGCACUCGCACCACCAUUUCAAACCUCUCCUUCCCGCGUACAGACCCUACAAUCAUCGUGGCCGUCAUCUCGUCCGACGCGAAGCGCAUCCUCCUUGGCCGCUCAAAGCGCUUUCCGCCUAACUGGUACUCCACGCUCGCAGGCUUCAUUGAACCCGCCGAGUCCGUCGAGGAUGCAGUGCGUCGCGAAGUAUGGGAAGAGGCCGGUGUGACACUAUCCCGUGUCAUUAUCCAUUCGACCCAGCCGUGGCCGUACCCGGCUAAUUUGAUGAUUGGGGCAAUUGCGCAAGUUAGUGACCCUGCGCAUGAGAAGAUCAACCUCGAGCAUGAUCCUGAGCUGGAAGAUGCGCGGUGGUUUGAAAUCGAGGAGGUAGAGGAGGCUUUGAGGGUUGGCACGAGCAACCUAGAUCAAGCUGCUGGGCCGGGGUAUAAGGAGGGGUCGUUAAGGUUGCCGCCUCCAACGGCGAUUGCGAACCAGUUGAUACAAGCGGCUAUCAAUAUCGAUUUUCUUGCAGACAAGUCGAAGAUGUAG